AUGAGGAUGUUCACAAAUGCUCUUAUUAUGCAGAAAGCAUAUGCUGAGGAAAAAAGUGAUCUUUUCUUUGACUAUACCUCCGUCAUACAGAGGAUAUGGAUCGGUUACUCUGUAGAAUCUGGAUUACAAGACUAUGAGCUUGCUUCAGAAAUGAGCAUGCUGGUGCCAGUUUUACUGGCCACACCAGCACUUGCAAUUGAGUGCCACUAUUUAGUGCUUGUUAUUCAGAGCAUGGAAGAUGCGUCAACCUCCCAUGCAGAUCCCAAUGUCGACCACGGACCCUCCCCUUUUCCUGGAAAAACCCAGAGUCUAAUGAUAAUGGGUCACGUCACCUGCAAUAUGAUCUUCCACAACAUUCAAAAAGGAUCCAUUUUCCUUGCAUCAAUCCCCCAUCUCACCUACCUGAUCGAUCUGCACUAUGACUCAGACAAUUUUUGCGACGUCAGCAGGGGCUUAAAACCCCCAUCAUUCCUGCUAUAUUGGUGGUUGCUGGACAUUCCGUGGACUUGUAUGAAGAACCUUGAAACUUUUUCAGUAGUCUACCCGCAUCUGGCUGAGCCCUACAAGACAUGUUCAUAUAUCGAUCACACAAAGGGAGUAGACUUGCAUGUGGAGUGGCUCACGGUGUCUGCUCCCCUCUACAGGCAGGACCCUGUAUCUUUCCUGUGGAUGGAACCACCGUUUCCUGUGACACAUCCUGGGCAGAAGAGGAUUCAAUUGGAUGGUGUUUCCUUUGAGGUCACAGACUAUUGCGAACACUUUUGGCAGUUCUAUUAUACAUGGGAUAAACCUUGGUCCUGCGGGAUAACUGACGGAUCUGAGGGGUAUCGGGUGUUAUGA